AUGGAUAUUAUUCCGGAUAUUUCAAAUUUAACUAUUGAUGAAAAUCAAACAUCAAAACAACAAUCAAAACAACAAUCAAAUCAAAAACAACAACCAAAACAACAACAACAAUCAAAACAAGCACCAAAUAAAAAAGUACAAUUACUUUCAGAUGAACAAAUUAAGAAAUGUUCUGUAUUAUUAAAUUGUGAUAUUAAAAAUUGUAAUACCCAAUCGAAUGUCGAUAAUUUUAAUCAAGGAUUACCAAUUACUAUGGUUACAAAUAAAGAGACAAAUGAUUUUGUAAUUGUCAAGGUUGAUGAACAUGAAUUAGCAGAAUACCAGUUAAUUUAUUCAGUUCCAAAACUUCAACCAUUCAAAAAUGAUAUUUUACAAAAAGAAACUGUUGUAUCUUCUGAUACCAACAUUGAAACACCAUCAUCUCCAUCAACUGCCUCUGAAACAGUAUCAAAAGAUGCCAUUAUUAAAGAAUUUAAAGAAAUUAAAAACUACUAUAUUUCAAAUAAAUGGAAUGGUAUGAAUAUUCAAGUUUUUAAAUACUUUGACUCAUUCGGUAAUCUUUAUGUUAGUGCCAAACCAAGAGCUUCACCAUUUGCUUUAAAUGAUCCAAAGUCUGGACCUGUAUUGGACUAUAUCAAUCAAAUUCUAUCUAAAGAUGAACAGGUUACUCUAUCAGAAAAUCAAGAGUUAUACUACCAAAAAGUUUCAUCAUUCAAAAAUGGCUCCAUUCCAAAAUCUAUUGAAGCAUUGUUUUUAAAGAAAUCUCAAGUUCAAUCCGUAGUUUUUGAAUUAUGUGGCUCCCUUUUACCACAUAUUGUAAAAUAUGAUUUCGAAAUUGACCUUAAACCACUAUUUACCAUCUCAAGCGAUAAUGGAAAAGUUUCACCAAUUAUUGUUUCACAACAACAACAACAAGAAGAGGGAAGUUUUAUUCAAUUAAAGUCAAUCGAACCAAAUCAAGAUCAAAAAUCAUUUAACGAUAGUCUUUUACAAACUGUAUAUUUAAUCAAAAAACAAUUAUUAGAACGUAACCAAACAUUUAGAAAGGAAAAUAAUCUCCAAGAAAAUACAGUAUGGUUUAAUCAUUUUAUUGAAGAAGGUAGAGUUUUAUAUUUAUUAGAUGAAAAUGUAAAGCCAAAAGAUUCAGAAAAAAGCCAUUGGGAACAAUUUGAUAAUGGAGUUCAAACCAAAGUUUUAAUGUGUGUAAAAGAAUGCACUGAAAAAGGUUUAGAAAUUAACAAAGAAAAUCUUUGUAAAGAAUUAGAUAUGGAUACUCAUUCAUGGAGUCGUCACGAAUCUGAUAUCCUUUCAUUGGCAUUACCACCAGUU